AUGAUCGCAAUUGAUUGGGAUAAUAUCUGCUUUAAUGCUGCGACCCUGAUCGCAGGAGUGUUCGUUCUCGAUUAUGGAGCUGACAAAUUCCUCGACCACACCGUGAUUGUCGGCCACCGGCUUGGCAUUUCCCCAACUUUGAUUGCUCUGUUGACUGCAGGUGCUGAGUAUGAAGAGCUUGCGGUGGUCGUCGCUGCCAUCCUCCAGGGUCACAGCCCCUUGGCACUGGGGAAUGUGGUGGGUUCCGCCAUCUCCAAUAUCCUGGGCGCAUUCUCGCUUGGUCUGCUCUGCCAUACUGGCCGCAUGCAAUUCGAUCGAAGUGCAAAGAUCUACUCAGCUGUGCAAUUUCUCAUCACGACACUCUUUGUCAUUCUGGCCUACCUGAACCAGCUAAACCAAAUCACGGGUGGACUUCUCAUUGGUGGUUUCGUUGUGUACAUUCUGUCCAUUGGUUAUGCCAUAUAUUUGGGUGUCACCGAGGCACCUCAACUGUCAGACAGCGAUAGCGAUAGUGACAGCGAUGAUGAUAACAGCUACCACCGUCCGGCUGCGGCCGGUAAUGACAUCGUCGAUCAAGAAAGCCGUGUUGCGAUCUCGGAAGAGUCGCCGCUGCUACCUGCAGUGGAGGAGUUGAAAAAGCCGUCGCGAUCACUGUUCUACCAUAUCUACCAGCUCUUGCUUGGUCUGAUAGCGCUCUCUCUGUCGGGCUACAUUAUCGCCCAUAGCGCGGGCGCUUUGACAGAAUCGUUCCAUCUGUCUGGGACUGUCUUUGGACUCACAGUCAUCGCCUUUGCCACGACGCUUCCCGAGAAGUUCAUCUCUGUCCUGAGUGGAUCUCGGGGACAAGGCGGUAUUAUCGUGGCCACCACCGCAGGAAGUAAUAUCUUCCUGCUGACCAUCUGCAUAGGAGUGGUUGCCAUCACGGGGAUCCCGGUCACCAACGCGGACAACUUUGUCACCUUCGAGCUGGCGACGAUCUGGAUCUCAGCAGCUUGUCUUCUCGCCAUCGUAUUCCUGGGAAGUAGCCGGGUGGCUGGUCUGGUUCUGCUAGCUGGCUACAUUGUCUUUGUAGUGCUUGAAUUUACGGUAUACAAACGCUGA